AUGGCUAAUUUCACAAAGGAAGAAACUGACAUUAUUGUGGUUGGAGCUGGACCAUCUGGUAUAGCUGUUUUAGCUUGUUUAAACAAAUUGGACAUAAACAAUGUUGUUUUAGGAAAACAAGAUUGUUGUGCUUAUUUAUGCAAGAAAAAGACUUAUGAUAGACUUCAUUUGCAUCUAUUAAAGGACUUUUGUUCAUUGCCAUUUAUGUCACAUGCAAUUUCAUCACCUAAGUAUAUGUUGAAGAAAGAAUUUAUUCAAUACUUAGAUGAAUAUGUUGAGCAUUUCAACAUCACGCCAAAAUUCCAAACUUGUGUUGAAUCAGCUUUUUACAACAGUGGGGAAAAGAAAUGGAAUGACAAAUCAAGAAAUUUGACUAGCGGAGAAAUUGAAUUGUAUGCUAGUGAUUUCUUGAUUUUGGCAACUGGAGAAAAUAACGAAGGUUAUAUUCCAAAAAUGGUAGGAAUAGAAAAUUUCAAAGGCGAAAUAAUCCAUUUAAGUGAUUAUAGAUCUGGUGAAAAAUAUAAAGAUAAAAAGGUAUUGGUUGUUGGAUCAGGAAAUUCUAGGAUGGAGCUAGCUUUUGAUCUUUCAAGUUAUGAAAGUCACACAUCAAUUGUUGUUAGAAGUCCAGUUUCUGUGGAAGAGGAGAUCGUGAAUGAGGGAGUUCCUCCCCAAGGUCCUCAAGGUGACCGAGUUCCUCAAGGCAACCAAGUUCCGGUUGAAGCUCCGACUAUGACCAAUGAGGCAGUUAGGUCGUCUCUUUUGAUGAUUGCUCAAGCCGUAACUACUCAAGCUCAAGCCAUGACGGCUCAAGCUACUAGGAGUGUUAAGGCUAAUGUGAACCCCAAUAGUGAUCAUCAAGUGAGAAAUUACCCUAUUCUUACGGCCAAAGGAAGGGAGGCCAAACAAGUUUCUCUUAAUGGCCCGGAUCUUGAUGCUCCAAAGAGAAAUCGCUUCUAUGCUCUUCAAGCUAACAAGGACAAAGGAGCUCAUCCAGAUAAAGGCACUGAUAUGUGA